AUGCCACAGAAUGUGCCGACACUCACCAAGGAUCUCUGCUGGGUGCUCAUUUACAUGCAUUACAUCUCCCAGCUGUCUACCAAGGAUAUCUCAACAUUGACUGGUAUCAGGCUGCGCACACUACAGCGCCUUUUCCGUCUGCACUUGAUGACCGGGGAUGUCGCCACACACCGGAAACGAACUGGCCGGAAACGAAAACUUGAUCAAAAUGCUGAAGAGUUCAUUCAAGGCUUGAUCGAGCACUCGCCUGAUUCGUACCUUAUGGAGCUGAGGGACAGACUUCAGGAGAUCCAUGGUGUACAGGUGGACAUGAGCACAAUUUGGAGGACUCUAAAGAAGCUUGGUUUCACAUACAAGAAGGCAUGUACUAGUGUUUUGGCAAUGGGGAUGUGGAUAUCAUAA